UCAGUUAUUCAGCGGCAACGAAAGUGUUCAAAACAUAUCUCGCGUCUCCCACAUUGUGUGUUCUUCGCAAUAAAUAAAGUAUAAAUAAAUUCGCAAAAAGAAUUUCUAUAUAUUUUUUAAAAAAUGCUGCAACAAGUGUUCGCUUCUCUGUUGAUUGCCAUGUGCCUCAUGCACAGUGCAACUGCUAUCAAGUGCUAUCAAUGCAAAUCCCUGACGGAUCCCAAUUGCGCCAAGGACAAGAUCGAACCUUCUCUCAAUGUUCGACAAGUGGAUUGUGAUCUCGCUCUUAAACCAGCCACCAUGGAACAACUGCAACCGGUGACCAAGUGCAACAAGGUGGUCACAAGUGAUACCGCCGGCCAAAUUGUGUCACGUGACUGUCACUUUGAGGUGAUCGGACAGAAGGAGAACGAGUGCACAGUGUCGCACAGCCUCAAAGUGGAGAAAUGCUUCACCUGCAAGGGAGACUUGUGCAACGCCUCCGAGUCUAGCGCUGCCAGCCUUGUGGCAUUCAGUGCAGCUGCUUUGUUUGCUAUGUUCGCCGUGCAAAUGGCACUUUAAUAAAAAAAAAACAUUGUUCUAACUUAUAAUUGGUACAAUUUGUGUGAAAUUUAAAUGUCGUAAUGUUAAUUGUCUUUUUUUAAUAAUAAACAUGUAAAAGAAAAUGG